UGCAGAUAAAUAGCAAGGUACUUGCGAAUGACAUUGGAUUCAAGAUGGAAGUAUCAAUUGAUGAAGCUUUGGAAAUUCUUCAGUUCUGGAGAAUGUCGAUGUCACCCUUUGUUGCAAGCAUUGCUCAAAUGUUAAAGUUUUACACUCUUAUUUCAAGUGGGAUUGCCACAUCAUCAUCAAAGAUUAUUAAUGAGCUCAUAUCAAGUCGUUUCAUUUUCGUUCCAUUUAUGAGCUGUUGUGAAAGCAAUGCCUCCGCAGCUGGAAUGUUUUUAUCACCCAAGGAAGUUUAUUGGCAGGACCCAACUGGCUGUGUAGACAGGAUGAAGAAAGUAAUGCUUUUGUGCCCCUCGACGCACAAGGGAAAUCAUAUGCUAUGCAAGUCUUUGGGAACUGUUUACCCAACCCUUCAUGAUUUCUUUGUAAAUGUAUGCGGAGUGUCUGACACUCCUUCAUUUUCUAGCUAUUUUCAGAUCCUGCAGCAAUUAUCGUCUAUCGCAUUGCCAUCACAAGUAGCGCAUAAAGUAAGUUCUCAAUGUACAAUCUUGCUUUAAAGAACUUUAAAACAA